AGCAGCAGCAAACGCAAACAACAAAAGAAGCAACAGCAACAAUAGCAAACAACAAAAACAACAACAGAAGCAGCAACCCAAAAUCGCAUCACAUUUUUAAACGGCAAUACGCAAAGAUAUGACAAGUGAUGGUGCUGUUACGUUUUGGAUAUUUUUGCUUUGUUUGAUCGCCACCUCGCCGCACCUGAAGGGAGGCGAGGCGGGUAGGCCCGAUGAGCUGCAUAUAGGUGGCAUAUUCCCAAUAGAAGGCAAAGGAGGAUGGCAGGGCGGACAGGCAUGCAUGCCGGCCGCAAAAAUGGCACUGGAGGAUGUCAACAAGCAGCCAAAUCUUCUACCCGGCUUCAGGCUCAUCCUCCACAGCAAUGACAGUGAGUGCGAGCCGGGACUGGGCGCCAGUGUGAUGUACAAUCUGCUGUAUAAUAAACCGCAAAAACUCAUGCUACUGGCGGGAUGCAGCACUGUGUGCACCACUGUGGCAGAGGCUGCCAAAAUGUGGAAUCUCAUUGUGCUAUGCUAUGGAGCCUCGAGUCCUGCCCUGUCCGAUCGUAAGCGUUUCCCAACGCUUUUCCGCACCCAUCCAUCGGCCACCGUGCACAAUCCAACGCGCAUCAAAUUGAUGAAGAAAUUCGGUUGGUCUCGCGUCGCCAUCCUACAACAGGCCGAAGAAGUAUUUAUAUCGACCGUCGAAGAUCUUGAGAAUCGAUGCAUGGAAGCUGGCGUUGAAAUCGUAACUAGACAAUCAUUUCUAUCCGAUCCAACAGACGCCGUACGUAAUUUACGACGCCAGGAUGCACGCAUCAUUGUGGGACUCUUCUAUGUGGUCGCCGCCCGUCGAGUGCUCUGUGAAAUGUACAAACAGCAGCUCUAUGGGCGGGCACAUGUAUGGUUCUUCAUAGGCUGGUAUGAAGAUAAUUGGUAUGAGGUAAAUCUAGCAUCUGAGGGCAUCACCUGUACCGUUGAGCAAAUGCGUAUAGCUGCCGAAGGACAUCUAACGACAGAGGCUCUCAUGUGGAAUCAGAACAAUCAGACAACAAUAUCCGGUAUGACUGCAGAGGAAUUUCGACAUCGACUGAAUCAGGCUUUAAUUGAGGAUAACUACGACAUAAGUCAUGGUCGCUAUCCGGAGGGCUAUCAGGAGGCACCCCUAGCCUAUGAUGCUGUCUGGAGUGUGGCAUUAGCUUUUAAUAAAACAAUGGAACGUCUAACGAUGGGCCACAAAUCACUGAAAGAUUUCACCUAUACGGACAAGGAAAUCGCCGAUGAGAUCUAUGCGGCCAUGAAUUCAACACAAUUUCUGGGUGUAUCGGGCGUUGUGGCAUUCAGCUCGCAGGGCGAUCGUAUUGCCCUCACACAAAUUGAACAGAUGGUGAAGGGCAAGUACGAGAAGUUGGGAUAUUACGACACCCAACUGGAUAACCUUACCUGGUUGAAUACCGAGCAAUGGAUUGGUGGCAAGGUUCCUCAAGAUCGCACAAUUGUUACCCAUGUGCUGCGCACAGUUUCCUUGCCACUAUUUGUGUGCAUGUGCACCAUCUCCAGCUGCGGCAUCUUUGUUGCAUUCGCCUUGAUCAUCUUUAAUAUAUGGAAUAAGCAUAGAAGAGUAAUACAAUCCUCACAUCCUGUUUGCAAUACCAUCAUGUUAUUUGGUGUCAUCAUCUGUCUCACAUCAGUCAUCUUAUUGGGCAUGGACGGACGCUUUGUUAGCCCCGAGGAAUACCCAAAGAUUUGUCAAGCUCGAGCUUGGUUAUUAUCCACCGGUUUUACAUUAGCAUAUGGUGCCAUGUUCAGCAAAGUCUGGCGUGUGCAUCGUUUUACAACAAAAGCGAAAACUGACCCGAAGAAAAAAGUGGAACCUUGGAAGCUAUACACCAUGGUUUCGGGCCUCUUAUCAAUAGAUUUAGUGAUAUUACUCUCAUGGCAGAUCUUUGAUCCGCUGCAGCGUUAUCUCGAAACAUUCCCACUCGAAGAUCCAGUAUCUACAACUGAUGAUAUUAAAAUACGUCCAGAGCUUGAGCAUUGUGAAAGUCAACGCAAUUCCAUGUGGCUAGGCCUUGUCUAUGGCUUCAAGGGCCUCAUUCUGGUGUUUGGCCUGUUUUUGGCCUAUGAGACGCGUUCCAUUAAAGUGAAACAGAUCAACGAUUCACGGUAUGUGGGCAUGAGCAUCUAUAAUGUGGUCGUACUAUGCCUGAUAACAGCGCCGGUGGGCAUGGUCAUUGCAUCGCAACAGGACGCAUCCUUUGCCUUUGUUGCACUAGCUGUGAUAUUCUGUUGUUUCCUAAGCAUGCUGCUGAUAUUUGUGCCAAAGGUCAUUGAGGUCAUACGACAUCCCAAGGAUAAAGCCGAAUCGAAAUACAAUCCCGAUUCGGCCAUAUCGAAGGAGGAUGAAGAACGCUAUCAGAAACUGGUUACCGAAAACGAGGAACUACAACGAUUAAUCACACAGAAGGAGGAAAAGAUACGGGUCCUACGGCAGCGUCUCGUGGAGCGGGGCGACGCCAAGGGCACAGAACUGAAUGGUGCAACGGGCGUCGCCUCUGCAGUAGCAGCAGCAGCGGCAGCAGCCACAACGUCACAGCCCGCUUCUCUCAUCAAUGCAUCCACAUCCGCACAUCCCACGCCCGCAGCCACACUCGCAAUCACACAAGAAAUUUUGGCCCUUUUCGUGGGUAUUGACACACUUGAUUAGGUGCAACGCCGUAGAAAUGGAGUACAAAGAUACUCAUGAGCAUCGUACAUGAAAAAACUUGUCAAUUUCCUUUGCGUGAUAGGUGAAUUAUACAAGAGACGAUAUGAAAUGCAUAUAGGAAGGAUGAAAUACGAAAGAGAAGGACAAAUUUAAUACAAAAAAAUAUGUACUUAAUAAACUUUGUAUCAACUUUAAGCUGAGCUAAAUAAGUGAGAAUUGGUAGCAGCAAUUUUGUAGAUUAACUGAAAUAUGUAUUGUACCUUAAACGUGUUUAGCAUUAAUAUGGAAAACGAAAUACUUUUAACUUACAAAUAACGAAAAACCAAAACAAAAACAAAAACACUCUACACUAGCAUCUGAACUAAGCAAAUUGUUAGGCUUUAAAGUUGAAAAAAAACAAAAAAAAAAAAAAAACAAAACAAAAA